AAUUCAUCUGGCACACACAGAAGUUAGUUGAUUGCUCGUUCGCCGUCGCGUUAGCUUUGCUAGUAGCUGAAAAAAUAUAUAUUCGCAUUUUUAGGUGUUUUUGUUUGUAAUACAAAUUUACGUUUACAAUUUAGUUAUGUUGUGAGAAGUGAUAAGUUGGAAGAAAUGGAGGUGUGGUCGUAAAACUUGCAUUGAACUAGGACUCUGUUACAAAUUAAUCUUCCCUAGGGCUCGUGUCUGCGUGCAGUACUUCAACACACCGAACAUUUGCGACACAAAUGUUUUUAUUAUUUCGUUAACAACUGAGUGGUGUUAGGUUAAUGCAUAUUUUAAAUAAAUCGAGCUUAACCUAGGCCGCUAAAAUGAGCAAUUGGGCUAGGAGGAUGCACCGGCGGGCAGCCACUUUGAGCAAUGUGGUCACAUCCUGCGGGCACCCAAAUACCCUGCCCUAUCCGCGGCGGCUAGAAAAAGUGAAGUUCGGAGUACCUUUGCACGAAGUUUGUAAAGAUGACAUACCUGGGCCUCUGCUCGUGCUGAUUUUAAAGUUGAACAAGGAGGCACCGCUGCGUCGCGAUGUAUUUCGCGCUCCAGGACACCAGGGUGCUAUGAAGAAGCUUAUUCACUUUCUGCAGACGGGCCGACUCGUGAAUGUUGACAAUUACUCUGUAUAUACGAUUGCUAGUGUUCUCAAAAAGUUCUUGAGGAAAAUACCAGGAGGUGUCUUUGGACGCGAUGGGGAGAUGCAUUUGUUCACUGCUGUAGAGUUCCCGGAAGAGCAGCAGGUCCAUGAAAUACGAAGACUGCUCCUGUCCCUGCCAGUGUGCACGCAAAGGCUGCUAGUGCUGCUGUUUGGCACGUUUCGGGUGAUGGCGUCAAAUGCUGAUAAAGCUGGUACCGGCAUGACAUCCGAGGCGCUUGGCGUGUCCGUGGCUCCAUCCUUUUUCCACUCUUGCGUGUCGGAUGGCAAAACUGCCACUAUGGAGGAUGUACAGAGGUUCAAGGUGGCGACCCGCAUAAUGCGUCAGCUGAUCGAGCAGUUCUCAGCGGGCGAUCUCUUCGCGGACAACUAUGAGUAUUACGCACGAGUGACGGGCCGCAUUCUGCGGGUGAAGGACGAGUGGAUCUGCUCGUUCAGGGACCCGCCGCCGCCGCGACACCGCAUCGACCAGGAGGCCUAUGCUAGACAAUUAUCUCUGGAAGCCGAGAAGACGUGGCUACAAUGCGAAUGUGAUCGUUGGGGCAAUAAAUUCAAUUUAGAAGGUUUAACAAAAUCCGAAGAGUGCCAGUCAAUGCCCGCUUUGAUGGGCGUCGUGGGAGGCAGCGCGGCCGGCGGCGUACUUGGCCUCGGCAUCAUACCAGAACACUCCCUGCUCGACUCGUGCACCAGGCUGUCUAUCUCGCUCGAGGAAAGCGUGUUCAAGGUGUCAGUGAGUUCGUCAUCGCAGUCGUCUCGCAGCAACUCCAGCCCGCACAUGACUCUGGACGAGCUCCGCGCUAUCAACAAGUACGCCGAGAGCACCAAGAGCCUCUCCUACCUCCCACAGGUGCACGAGCGCCAGCGGGCGCGGAUGCGCACGCGCUCGGAGUGGUUCCUGCAGCCGGCGGCGUCGCUGGACGCGGCGCGCGCGCGCACGGGUGGCGAACGUCGCAGCUCGCGUCGGCGCUCCCGGCGCGCUCGUCUGUGCGCGGGCGGCGCCGCGUGCCGCGCGCUCACGCACGCCGACACUGAGGUCCCGCUCGCUCUCCAGCCUCGUAAAAUAACCGCCUGACGAGAAGUCAAACUAGACGUCACCUACCGAGUGCCUACGCCCAAGCGCGCCACCGAACCUGACCUGAGAGUCCUCGUUAACUAUCUAAGUCUUAGGCCUAGCAGUGAUCGGCUGUCGCUUCCUUAAAUACACCACACUAUCUAUCAUCUGAGGUCCCGCUCUCCAGUCUCG